AUGCUCGUCAAGUCUGUCGCCGCUAUCGCGGCCAUCGCUUUCGCUGCCAAUGCCGCCGCCGAGCCGAUGCCCUACAAGCCGACCAUGGUGAAGACCUCUACACGCGCCUUGUUUGGCGGCAUCCUCCGCCGUCAGGACCAGCCCGGGUACCAGCCGGAGGAGACCAUGUGCGGCGACGGCAACACCUGCGAGGAGGCGUGCGGUGCUGGCUACCAGACCUGCGCUUCCGUUGACAGCCAGGUCCACUGCUUCAACCCCACUGUCGGGGAGCUUUGCUGCCCUGACGAGUCUGGCAACUCUUGCGAGGCCGGCUACUACUGCACCGCCGACACCGACGGCGAGACGUGGUGCUGCCCCGAGGGCAUGGAACUGUCCGCUUGCGCCGCUGCCUACAGCAUAACCGGCGGCCUGGUCUCCCAGACCCCUCCCCCGGCCACCUCCACCUCGACCACCAGCACGAGCACCAGCACCAGCACCAGCACCCCCGAGGAGGAGCCCACCACCACCCCCAGCCCCACUCCCUCCCCCUCCUCCAGCCCCGUCGCGCAGAACACCACCUCGCCCGCGGUCGACUCGCCCACGAGCGCGCCGUUCCUGCCCAGCGCGAGCUCCAUCCAGAGCAACGCGACCUCGGUCUCCACCGUCCAGCCCGCCCAGCCGACCGAGAGCAAGGUCGAGGAGGGCGCCGCCAACAUCGUCGGCCCCGCGUCCGCCCUCGUCCUGCUCGCCGCCGGUUUCGCCGCCCUUCUCUAA